CAUGCCAGACGUCACGUGGCCUAAACUUCCUGCCUCUACGGAGCACCGUGAAGGACAAAUUGUGAUAACAGCGAUUCGGAUUUUUUUUGGUAGCUGGGGGAGUGAAAUGUCUGGGGUCACCACUCAUUUGUAUCAGGUGAGAGCCCUAUAUAAGAAAAUCCUGCUUCUUCACCGGACAUUGCCCCUGCACCUAAAAGCCCUGGGAGACCAGUACGUAAAAGAUGAGUUUAGACGACACAAAACCAUUUCUCCUCAAGAAGCCCAGCUGUUUAUGAAAGAGUGGGAGGCCUAUGCUACGGUAUUGUUGAAACAAGCCAAAGAAGAAUGGGGAACUGCAGGUGGGAAGAAAAGAUAUGGAACUGCGCUGUCAGAAGAAAAACUUCAUUAUUUUCGUGAAGAGCAGAUUGGACAAUUACUGGAACUUAUGCAGGAAGCUACUAAACCUAAACCUCAGUUCGAUGUUGAAGAGUUUGAUCAGAAGUGAUAACUUGCUCUGCAAUUUAGAUUUUGGUAACCUCCAUCUACAUGUUUACAACCUAAUAAAAACAUUGUGUUGUA